GCUCACUAAAACCAUAAAAAUGUUUCCCCAACGUGGGUAGGGCAGGGCCGGGGGUGAGGUCUGGCAGGCAGGGGUGGGUCAAGAUUGCAAGGACUCGAGAGCGGCACGCGAGCCGCCGCCGCCGCCGCCGCCGGGGACACAGGAGCCACGCCGGCCGCGUCAUUCCCGGCUGGAAGCGGACCGCCGUCAUCAGGAAUACCUGCAGCAUUGCUCAUCGGACCACUCCCGAGUCGGUUCCAAGUGGGCUGUCGGCGCCGCCCCCAGGCAGGGGGCCCGGCGCGCAGAAAUGCACCGCCCCCCGCCCCCUCCGGAGGGAGGCGCCGCCCGGGGCAUACAUUUCCCAGCCUGCAGAGCGGGCCCCCAAGACCCGUUCCCCGGGGGCGCUGGGUUUGCAGCAGGGGAUUGGCGGGCGGCCUCCCCGCCCCCGGGUGGCCCGAAACGGGGCUCGGGUGGGGAGAUGUGCGGCGAUUGGCCGGCCAGAGUUCGAAUCCCUCCCACGGAUGGUGACGACGGACGACGGGCUUGCUACUUAAGGCGUCGUGGCCUCGCCCGCCCCGCCUUAGCUCCCGCGCUAGAGAGAAACAUGUAUCGUUUCCGAUCACAGCUCUUCACGGGGAUUUCUGCUGCCGCCACCGCCCACUCUCACCCCCGCCGCUUCUCGCCUCUGUUGUUAGCCGAAGACUCGCCCCUCUGCCGCCCGCCGCACAGACGCACCAGUAAAAAGUGCAGCUCCAUCGGCUGA